AUGUCGACAGGCAUAUCGGCAGCAUCCAGCUUAACGCAGACUCCAUCCGCUGAGCAGAGCUCUACGUCGAGCUUCCCCCCAAGUCUUGAUGCUCAAGAAGAGCCUUCAUUGGAAGAGAUUCAGCUGAAGCCCUGGAAAUUCAUUGGCUACAACGGAUACUCCAAGUUCAUUGCCUCCGAUACCGAUUUCUUCAUAGUGCGUCGGUUUGACACUUUAAAUGCACGUGUGACGCUUGCUUUGCAGGACCAAAUAUCUGCUCUGGAAGAAGAGCUGGCCGAGCUAGACAAAAAAUACAGUCGUCGAGACGCCGAAGACGUAAACAACGACAAGCACAUUCUGCAGCAGUCCAGUCUGAGGCAAUUUUCCAAGGCACCGAUGCGAGACAUCAAGAACAUUCGCACCUGGCAAUGCAAUUAUGACAAUGCAGCCAUCAGCGAACGGGGUUACCUCACGCAUGAGGAGGACCUCAUAUGCGUAGUAAAAAAGGACAAGAUGCCCCUUCGCCGAAUGAUCGACAGCUCUCGGCGACUUCGAACUCUGCGAAUCUGGCGACAACCCUCGAAAGACGGUUCUCCGCCUGAUGACGACACAGUUCAAUAUUACCUGGAUAAGCGCAUGGAUGAUUUCGCCACAGGUGUAAUAAUUGCAGUCGGCAUCUUCAUGCUGAUCACACCGCUUUGGGUUCUUCAAUUCAUGGCAAACACAACAAUGAAGCUCGUCGUUAUUACAGUUUUCAUAUUGGCUUUUUUGCUGAUGCUGUCAUUUGCCAUGGCCUCGAAACCGUUUGAAGCGUUAGGGGCUACAGCUGCGUCUAUCAUAAUCAGCUUCACAAUGGGCCUGGGGUCUGCCAAAGAUGCUGUCCGCUCCUUUUUGGACCGCGAUUUUCGAUACCAGCGCCUCGCAGAAACGAGUACCAACUCACAUGAUCGUCGCGGUCACUUCUCACGGCUUAGGAGACAACCACGCGGGCUGCUACCACAGACGGAGAGCGGAAACGAAAGUGGCAGCGUAUCUGGGGUGUGGGCACGCAGCAACCGGUCGCUGCUCAAGCUGAGCCUCAUGACUGUGUCGAUUAUCCUGGUAUCAUACCUCGGGAUCACCUUCUCCCGGGCUUCAAAGGUUAUAAAGGGUGCUUCCUGCGAUACCGUUGACCAUGGCUACCAAUGCUAUGCGUCCGUGGCGCAGCAAUGGGGCCAAUACGCGCCUUUUUUCUCUGUGCCGUCGCCCACAGACUCUGCUGUUGCAGGCGAUGUCUCAGGGGGAACGGACCAUGUCUUGGAUGCGGCAGAGCUCCCCCCCAACUGUCACUUCACGUUCGCUCAGGUGCUGUCGCGUCACGGCGGUCGCGAUCCCACGGCAGGCAAGUCGAUAGCGUACGGGGCGCUGAUUGAGCACAUCCAAGACUCGGUGGAGCGCUUUUCGGAUGGCCCGGACGGGAAGUUUGCGUUCUUGGCCGACUACUCGUACCAGCUCGGGGCGGACGAGCUGACGGUCUUCGGCGAGCGGCAGAUGGUGCACUCGGGCGAGCACUUCUUCAACCGGUACCGCUCGCUGGUGGUGUCUCUGUCGUCCUCGACCUCGUCUGCCUCAUCGGUUGUCAUGCCAUUUGUGCGCUCAGCUGGACAGCAUCGUGUGCUCGUAUCGGCGAUCGAUUGGAUCCAUGGUUUUCACAAGGCGCGGAAGCAGGACCCGGCCUUCGCCACGGAACAGCUGUCGGCGACGGCGGAACAGCCGCUCGUCGUGAUCCCAGAGGAGAGCGGCUUCAACAACACGCUCAGCUACAACGGACUCUGCAAGGCGUUUUCGGGCCGCGCAGGCCUACAGGCGCAGAGGACGUAUGCCGAGACGUUUGUGCCGGACAUUACGGCGCGACUGAACCGGGGUCUUCCGGGAUCCAACAUUUCGGACGUUGACACGAUCGCCUUGAUGGACCUGUGUCCGUUUGAGACGAUUGCAAACGGGGACGACGACACCGACGGCGCGGAUGGCAAGACGAGCGGAGGGCAGCGGUUGUCGCCAUUCUGCGAUCUGUUCUCGGAGACAGAAUGGCAGCGCUACGACUACUUCCAGACGCUGGGCAAGUGGUACGGCUACGGUGACGGCAGCGCGCUGGGGGGGACGCAGGGCGUGGGCUACGUCAACGAGCUGGUGGCACGACUCACAAAGACGCCGGUGGUCGACCACACGACGACGAACCGCUCGCUGGACGCAGACCCGGCGACCUUCCCGCUCAACGCCACGCUGUACGCCGACUUCAGCCACGACAACGACAUGGCCAACAUCUUUGCCGCACUGGGCCUGUACAAUGGGAGUGACGAUGCUAUUGCCGGCUUCUCGGCGCCGCUGCAGCCGUCCAAUACGACGCGCACCGAGCCCGGGGACAUGCGUGGCUACGCGGCCAGCUGGGUGGUGCCGUUUGCAGCGCGCAUGUACGUGGAGAAGAUGGUGUGUGACGGCGGCAACGACGGCAACGACGGCAGCGAGGAGCUCGUACGCGUGCUCGUCAACGACCGCGUGGUGCCACUGGUGCGCUGCGGCGCCGACCAGCUCGGACGCUGCACGCUCAGCCGGUUCAUCGACAGCCUGGCCUUUGCCCGCAGCGGCGGCCACUGGGACGACUGCUUUGCCUAA